CUUUUUCUCUUUUUUUCCUCAAUUUGCGGUGAUGAGAUGGUGUAAGUGCUAAUUACGUGCUGCUGUCUAGCUGUGAUGAGCAACUCGUACAAACAAUAGUCGCGUCAGCCUUUUCUGUACAGUUGACCUAUAUAUCGCCAUGUCCUCAACGCUGAUUGUACUCCAUCCUCAACAUCUCGUCACCGCAACCAAACUCACAACUCAACUUUCAAAUAGUAGCAGUACCCCCAGCAAUCGGAGUCUCAACCCGACGCCGCGACUCACAUCCCCGCGAAUCAGUUACUCUUUACAGCCAAAAGAAACCACAGGCGGGGAAAAAAAGAAACCACAUCGUCACUGCGGCUUCACGAUUCGGGCUCGCGUUGGUCCUAGCGGCGAGCUCUUGAGAGCGAUGCCUCGGCUCAUCGACUGCCCGUGCCGCUAGGCUUUAGGGGAAAGAGGGAAAUGGAGCAUUUCGUCCCUUUUUUUUUUGUUCCAUCUUUGCUUCUGGGCGUGCGGGGUUUCGGUUCGUCCACAGUGGAUCGAGCAAGGGAGGUGUUGGUAAAAAAAAAAACAAAGGCUGGGAUUCCUGGCCUGUCACGAUGCAUGCGUAUAUACGCUCGACGCGGCCCAGCCCACAUUCAGCAAUCACGGCGACGUCUUGAAUCCGGCAAGUUGAGAAGAUUGCCAAUGCUGUUCCUCAGAUACAGUGCGCUUUGAAAAGGACUUUAAUGUCGUGGAAGGGGUUUGUCGCGUGGUCGGUUGCGCUGUGUUGCGGAAGCUUGGCUUGACCUGUGCUUCGCAGCUAACACUGCUUAACCGAACUUGUGGUGACUAGGAUUAUAUGAUGUUGAUGAAUGUUUGGCAUCGAGGCCAAGUCUGGGAUGUUGAGCACCUGACGCUGGGUGUUGUGGGCAAUAUGCAUGGAAGAUGUCACCAUCAGCUCGUCACAAUGCUUAUAAUCUAAUGCAGAGAUGCAGCAGUGAAAACGGACCUUUAACAGCAAAGAAUUUUAUUUUGAUAAAUC